GUUUGGACCUGGCAAUGCGGUGACGGGACAACAGCAGAAGAUGUGAUCUUUGAUGCCGAUGCCUUGCUGUCUGGUGAAGCGGAGUCAACUUGCAGGCGUUUGGAAGACUAUUUCGGGUUGCCAAGUCAGCGAGAACCAGCUGGACAUGUUCCUGGGCCGGCAGUGCUUGCGACCAAAAUCAGCAGUCAGGCUGAGCUCGCUCGGAUAGCACUUACGUCCUUAAGCUCGCUGUCGGUGCAGCGUAGCCUUCAUCGAGAACGUGCUCAUGAAAAUGCCGUUGCAUUUUCCGAUCCUGUUCCCGGGCACGGUUCAAACGGGGCAUCGGAGCCGGACGCGUUUCAAGAGCAAUUGUCUCUGCUCAUAGAUGGCAAGGUGGCCUCCCCGAUUGAACCUGACAAGCCGGAAGAGCCUGGCGCACGCGAUCCGAGGGCAGCACUACCUGUGGACCGUUCGGGUGUUGACGGGAGCGAUGCCUCACACCUUGUUCCGAUGGAAAUUGGGACGGUGCAACUUCCGAAAGACGGCCGUGCAAAGGAUGCAUUGCAGUUGAAGCUGUAUGAGGAGGUUUUAGCCAGCUGGAGCAGAAUGGACACGUCGCUUCUAAAAUGCUGUCUGCUGCCAUCGCAGCUCGCCGCUUAUGAGCAAGUCAGCCGACAGGUUGCCUUGCACCUUGCAGCAGGUCCAAGGACAGCCUUGCAACCAGAUUUGCAGCGUUCUAUGUGUCAGGCCUAUGUGCUGCGUACCUUCGACUCAUUGAAGGCGUCCCUGCAAUCAGCGAACAAGGUGGGCGCAUCAGCGGCCAUGGAUCAGCUCGUAGAGCUGUUUUACGCGAAGUUUUCCGCGGAUGUUGCCCGGUUCCAGGAGUCCGCAGUCGGAACAAGCGCACCUCUCCGUGAAAUCUUGGAGGCGGGUGGAUCUUCCAGGCGUCUUGCAGGGACCAGCUUCACCUACGCGGAGCUCUUCGACAUGUGCCUGGCUGAAUUCGAAAAACGAGACGUUCCCAGGCGUGAGUUGAGAAAUUUCCUCGGUGAGCUCCCUGCGGUGCCUGUUUCCGCCUUCCGCGCGCUUGAAGCGCAAUGCCAGCUGGCAUCAGCUCGAAAGAUGGCGUUGCUGACCAUUCUGGCAUUAAUCGAAGGCAAGCCUGCCUGCCGCUGGCGUGGGCUUCAGCUGCUCCUGAAGUUGGCCUUCUCCUCCGGGGAGGAUUCGGUUCGUUUCGACACCAUUCGCCUGAUCAUCAACAAGAUCUAUGUUGCACCGAGGGCUGCCAUGCGCUGGCAGCUCCCUCACCUGGCCGAUGAAGAGGCGCUGCUACUCAUGACAGACGGUGAGGGGACUGCUGACGGGUCCAGCUGGGACUUGUCAGACCCUGACUUUUUACCACUGCAGAGGCUUCGUGGGCGAUGCAUCGAGGAUGUUGCAACCAUCAUGCUGCGCUCCGCUGCAGCCCGCGAGGGUAAAGAGGGCGACUUCCGGCACAAGCUCGGCAUCCCCUUCCGCUUGGAGCAAACACGUGCGGAUCUCUUCAAAGGUGCAAUCUGCGCACCCAAAGACAGGGUUUGGCUCUACCUGGCACUUUGCAUCAAGAGGCCAAUCUUGAUGCACGGGCUCGUCGAGACCUUCAUCCAAUGCGAUGCCGCGAUGAAAGAUCACUUGAUCAAUUCCAUCGAGGAGGCUGUCAGGUACAUUCCAGUGGGUGAGCAGGAGCUGCUAGUUCUCGUGCAGAAGGCGACUCCACAGACAGAGGCGCUGGUCCUCAAGAUGCUCAACAUCAUGAUGACAAGCAGGGGCAAGGAACCGUUGCUUCCAGGCUUUGGCGAAGCUGUUGUGCGUCUCUACAAGGAGACUCAGAACCCUCGCUUGCUCGUUCCCGUGUUCGACAUGCUGGAUCGAAACACCUUGCUGGACUUCCUUCCUUCGGUGCUGCAAUUGGAGGCCGACCUUGUCACUGAUGCUUUCCGGCUUGUUAUUGGCGCGCGCUCACCCCCACUCAGUGUGACGGAGCUACUCACCGAGCUUCAUCACAUUAACAGUCCAGGUGAAAACAGUGUACCUAUCCAGUCCUCUAUGCAAGCGCUCAACAUCGUAUUUGGCAUGCGGGACCAGUUUGACCCCAAAGUCUACGGAAUUGUUAUUCAGUCACUUGUUGAAGAGCCUGGGCCGCUUCCGCAACUCUUCAUGCGCACUGUGAUUCAAGUUGUCAAAGAGCUUCCGCGUCUCUCAGAUUUUGUCGUUGUGGAAAUUCUUCCUCGACUUGUUCGACAAGAGGUUUGGGGCGAUGAGAGGAUGUGGAGAGGCUUCAUGAUUGUGCUGCAGCACACGUUCGCGAGCCAGUCGACUGGAGCUGCGAGAGUGCUGUCCAUGCUGCCACUCUCUCAGCUGGAGGACGUUUUGGUGCAGCAUCCUGAUUGGAAAGCGCAGUUGCGCGAAUUUGUUGCAAGACAGCCUCCGGGCAUGGAGCUGGAAGCCGUCAAGGAAUUCAUGUGGAGAUGCCUUGUCCGGCCAUCAGGAUCUUUCGAGCCAGCUUUGGUCCACAGCGCGCAGUUCUGCACCUUCCGAACGCCAGAAACCGUGGCAAGGUUCCAAGAGGCCACGUCAGACUCCGCAUACAGUCGUGGCCGGGGGGGCGAGGGCCGGGGAGGCUCAUUAGACCUCUCCAGCCUGCCCUCCGUCUCGACGCGAGGUGCCAUCCAUUGGACUGAUCACAUCCAGAUGCAACUGGUGCACAGGUCGGAAACACUGUCAGGACCGGAUGUGCAGCAGGCAGGUGCCUGGGAGCUUGCCUUCAACUUGCCUUGCCACGUUUCUGUGAUCUUCGGCCUUCGGAGCCCUUGGAUCCGGAGCAUGUCAAGUUACACCUUGGAACAUUCGCCACUGGCAGGCGUACCGUUCGGACUGAACUUUUCGUUCGCAUCGCUUAGCCACGGAGUGCCAAGUGUUGGCUGGCCGACGUUCGAUGUGCACCAAGGAUGGGGUGUCUUGGGAGGUGGGAUCCGCGAGACAGACAGUUGUCUCGACGUCUCGAACAUGCCAACAGCCAACGCGGUCGCGACCCUCGAGAAAGGCUUGGAGAUCGGCGAAGCGGUUUUACGAGAUGCAAGCACGACCAUGAAUGUCUGGCGUUGGAGGCCUGGCGCCCGGCAAGUUGACAGAUCCCUGGGCCUUGGGCCGAUUUUCAGUGCUGUUCAGGAGAAGGAAUUUGCGUCCCAGGUGCAUCCGGAUGUGCACAUCCUCCGUCAAAGUGACCAAAGCGAAUGCUUGGAUGCGCAUUGUGAGGAUGCCACUGCAAGUUUUCAAUGGGUUCAAGAGCGGGAGCUGGCUCUGAGAGACGAAAUUGCCCAUUUGCGAUCGAAGCUCCGCUCGUACGAACAUGGACAGAAAGGCUUCCUACCGCAAAUGGCAAAGAUGUCUUCAUCGUGGAUGCGCCAUGCCGGCAAGGAACGUAUUCCUGAGGCCAAGGUCUAUGACCUGUCUGCACUGCUUCGAAAGCCCGAGGCUGUCGAGACCGAGGUUCCGAUUACUGCACCAUCAUGGCCUGCCAGACCUGUGGCGAAGUGCAAGGCAAGUGGAGAAGAUACUUCGAACGGGCCCGCUAGACAGACUCGCCGUGGCCUGCGCAUCCCGAAACAAAGUUUGAGGGAUGCAGACAGUCUCUCUCUGCUCGAGAAGGCACUGCCACCACUGUGCCUGUUGUCCGAUGUUUUCUCCCAGCUUCGAAACAGCGGCUGCUUCAGUGCUGUAACACUCACGACUGCCCUGGAAAUGUCGGCGGCAGACGCGCAUUCAGUGCUCAGCAACAUCGUGUUCCUGUUUCGGCAUGCUGCUCCAAAGCUGCAAGGCCUGUCCAGCCUGGUACUCUCGCUGCAGGAGAUGUCGAGGCUACAUGUGGAGACUGGAGCGACUCCACCAGCACUAGGGAGUGCGGGAGGACAGCAAUUGAUGGAAUCAGAAGCUGCGGCAGAAUCUUCCAGUGCAUGCAUCGACCGAGAGCGGCCACUCGAAGAGACUG